UGUAAGCUUCGACUUCCCUACAAUACAUCCAUGGCUUUUACGUCCACUGUUUACAACAGAAACAACACAGAAAGCACACUCGUAAGUCUGGACUCAUGAGAGAAAAGGACUUUUAGAGUAGGUAAAGAAAACACAGAUCAGGAAUGGCUGCUGAUGUGGGAGUACGAAGUCAGCUCCUGGAAAGUGAGCUGAAGACAGAGAGCCUCACCUCCACUUCAGUGUCCACCGCUCUCUCCACUGGGUUAAAAAACAGCACACCGUUAAAAAUGCAUCCUAGCUGUGAUUUCCAGCUGGACACCAGUGGAGACAUAAAUAACCAAAGUCACAAGGACGAGGGUGACUCAUGCCACACUUCCACAUUGCCCCUUGGCUGGACCAGAGAGGUUAGGCAGCGGAAAGCUGGAAAGACAGCAGGCAAAAUGGACGUCUACAUUACAAGUCCCCAAGGGCUGAGAUUCCGCUCAAGAGCAUCCCUGAAGGCUUUCCUCCUGAAAGACGGAGAAGGUAACUUGGACAUAGAACUUUUUGAUUUCACCACAUCCAAGGACAAUGCCGUCACCACUUCACAGUUACUCCCCUCACAAGUGAAACAGAGGGGAAGAAAGAAAAGACAUGCAAGUGGACAGCAGGGUACAACAGAAAUACUGGAUCCACCUCCAAAUAAACCUAAAAGAGCCCCUUCCUCCCUCAAAAGUGACACUAAAGACAGAAAAGUGUUGCAUACACCUACAAUUACAGAGGAUGAUGUUAAAUUGCAGAAGAGCCCUCAGAGGACGGGUCAGCUGAGAGAGAAGCUCCUCAGACUGGCUCCUUCUAGCAACCAACAAAACACUCUCAUCGCUGAAAAGAAAGAAGAGACAGACACACAGACUUCUGUCCCGACACUGAGUGUUGAGCCUGCCAGCGACAGCGAGAACGACGGUGAGGGUGAGCGAGGUGGAGAUGAGAUACAGAUUCAUAACAAAGGUGACAACAAACCUAAUUCUGAACAGGAGGUCGGUGCUGACAGUCAUCAGGAUGAGGAACAGGAGGUGUUGUUACCUGACAUCACUGGUGGGAGCUGCACACCAGUGAGAGAUUCCCAGAAUAAGUCCAAGAGCGUGGAAGAGAAGCGGAAAACAAGCUCUUAUUUCAGCAGGCAACCCCUAAGAGAUGGCCUUAGCCCACCCAGGAGGAAGGCCUUCAAGAAGUGGACACCCCCUCGCUCUCCCUACAACCUCGUUCAGGAAACCCUUUUCCACGACCCCUGGAAGCUUUUGGUGGCCACCAUUUUUCUCAAUAAGACCAGUGGCAGGAUGGCCAUCCCAGUGCUGUGGCAGUUCUUUGAGCGCUACCCGUCUCCAGAGGUGACCCGAGAGGCCGACUGGAAGCCCCUGUCUGAACUUAUGAAGCCACUGGGCCUGUAUGAGCUUCGAGCCAAAACACUCAUCCGCUUCUCAGAUGAAUAUCUAACUAAACAGUGGCGUUACCCCAUCGAGUUGCAUGGCAUUGGGAAGUACGGCAAUGACUCCUAUAGGAUCUUCUGUGUGGGAGAGUGGAGAGAUGUGAAACCUGAAGAUCACAUGUUGAACAAAUACCACGAGUGGCUGUGGGAGAAUCAUGAAAGUCUUGGAAUCUGAAGCACAAUGUAUGAGAAACUGCAUGGAGAUUUGCUGCAGCACAGACAUGGAAAUCAGUUACAUCCCAUAAAAAACAAUACAGUUAUCCAACAAUAUUACUAUUGAGAUGCAGAGGGGGGGACUCGAGUUACAAACUUGAAGACUGUAGACUUGACAAAAUAAAAAAAAUUCUUGCAACUCGACUUGGACUUUAACAUCAGUGACUUGUAACCUCACUUGGACGUGAGCCUUUAAAAAGUAUGUUCUUUAAAAAGUGUUGCACGAAUUAAUUACUUUCCUAAAUCAACUACCAUAAAUGCUAUUAAUUCUCAGCCAGAUGGCACAAUUCCCCAGAAUCAGUGUUUGAUCCAACAGCAUCCAAUCAAGUUGCAAGAACUAAAAUGAUGUUACUGAGUGCCAUUUGAAAAGAAUGAUACCAAAGGAUGUUUGUUCAUGUAGAAAAACUAAGCGGUGGUGGUGGCAAAAGAAUUUACAGCGUGCAAAAUGUGACAUUUGAAAACUACAGAUUGAGACGCAACAACUUCCAGAGAGAGUUGAAGUUGCACAAAGAACGGUACUUAGAGCCAAGUAUCAACAUAGUUAACAAGCCAAUGCUUAGUUGACAUUAUUAUGUUAUUAAAAUUGGCAUAAUAUUUUAUGAAGAGCGCAUUAUGACUUGUUAGGGACUUAAAAAUUUAAAGGUGUGGACUUGGGACUUUAGUGCAAAAACUUAAGACUUUUGACUUGCAAAACAAUGACUUGGUUCCAUCUCUCUUAUGAUGAACUUUCAGUGUCACACUUGAAUCCUUUGAAAAUUGUAAAGUGACUUUAUUUCCUCCUUUAAAAAGUUUUACUGUUUUGUUAAUAAAAUGUUUUAUGUGGUUUAAAA